GCAGCAGCAGCAGCAGCAGCAGCAGUAGCAGCCGGGGCCGCUGCCAACCUGCCAGGAUGCGGUGCCACAAGUUUUGGGCCGCGUGUUCGCUUGCAUUUUACCUGUGGACAGCCAUCCUCUUCAAAGGAUCCCUGCAAGGAGAGUACCAGAGGAGACUUUACAAGGAACUGCUUGCUAACUACAACCGUCUGGAAAGACCAGUGAUCAAUGACUCAGCUGCCAUCCUGGUGGAGCUGGGUUUCACUCUUCUGCAGAUAAUAGAUGUGGAUGAGAAGAACCAAGUGUUGAUGACAAAUGCCUGGCUGCAGUUGUACUGGACUGAUAUCUACCUGAGCUGGAACCCAGAAAGCUACCCUGGUGUUCAGAACCUUCGAUUCCCUUCAGACCAGAUCUGGACUCCUGACAUCCUUCUCUACAACAGUGCGGACGACCGCUUUGAUGCUACCUUCCACACCAACGUUCUGGUGAAUGCGUCAGGUUACUGCCAGUACAUCCCCCCUGGCAUCUUGAAGAGCACCUGCUACAUUGAUGUACGUUGGUUCCCCUUCGAUGUACAGAAGUGCGACUUGAAGUUUGGCUCCUGGACGCACAAUGGCUGGCUACUGGACCUCCAGAUGCUGGAUGUGGACACGUCCACAUACAUACCCAAUGGCGAGUGGGAUCUUGUGGGUGUCCCAGUAAAGCGCAAUGAGCUGUACUAUGACUGUUGCAAGGAGCCCUACCCUGACGUGACCUUCACAGUCACCAUGCGCCGCAGAACGCUUUAUUACGGCCUCAAUUUGCUCAUCCCCUGUGUGCUGAUUUCUGGCUUGGCUCUGUUGGUCUUCCUGCUGCCAGCCGACUCAGGAGAAAAGAUCUCUCUAGGAAUCACCGUGCUGCUUUCGCUAACUGUCUUCAUGCUUCUGGUGGCUGAGAUCAUGCCGGCCACCUCUGACUCGGUUCCCCUCAUCGCUCAGUACUUCGCCAGCACAAUGAUGAUAGUAGGAAUGUCAGUGGUGGUGACUGUGAUCGUCCUACAGUUUCACCAUCAUGACCCUCAGGGAGGCAAGAUGCCCAAGUGGGUCCGGGUGGUCCUGUUGAACUGGUGUGCUUGGUUUCUGCGUAUGAAGCAACCUGGCGAUGAGCGCAGGCGUCCCGGCUACAAGCACCGCCAUACUACCCAGCACCGCUCCAGCACCAAUUCUAUUGAGAUGGGCGCCAUUCCAAGUCUCUCCAUUCCAGUCUCCCAAACUUCCUGCCCACCAUGCACCUCUGGCACCUCCAAUGGUUCCAUGAGCCUCUAUUUUAGCAGCUACCACCCAGUGGAGAGUCCGUACUGCCCGCCUUCCAGCGACUCUGGCGUAGCACUGGGUGGUAGCGUUCACUGCUCCCCCGGAGACGAGGCUGAGCCCCCUGGUGUUUUGGGAAUGAGUGCAGGUAUGGGAGUCAGGAUGCCACCGCCAGAGAUUCAGCGUAUCUUAGAGGAGGUGACCUACAUUGCACAGCGCUUCCGGGACCAGGAUGAGGCUGAGGCCAUUAGCAGUGAGUGGAAGUUUGCAGCAGCGGUGGUGGACCGUCUGUGCCUGGUGGCCUUCUCGCUCUUUUCCAUCAUUUGCACCUUCACCAUCCUUAUGUCAGCGCCCAACUUCAUAGAGGCUGUCUCCAAGGACUUCACAUAGCUGGACGCAGAAGAAGAAAAAAAUCAUUUAUAUCGCUAAGUGGGCAGAUAUUGACAAUAAUGCUUAUUAUUUUUUUCCCUAUGUAAAUAUAAUCAGCUUUUGCUAACGUCUAUGUGCAAACACAAAUUUGUGCAAACACUUUGUGCAUCCAAGCUCACUUGCUAAAUCAUAGAACACUGUUUACAUACAGUGGAUAUAAAAAGUCUACACACACACACACACCCCUGUUCAAACCCCAGGUUUUUGUGAUAUAGAAAACUCUGACCAAGAUAAAUCAUUUCAAAACCCUUUACAUUGUUAAUGUGACGUAUAACUGGUGCAAUUUAUUUGAAUAUAUAUAUAUAUAUACAUUUUUUUUUUUUUUUCUUCUUCCAAGAGGGGAAGCAAAAUUAGACAGCUAAAAUCAGUGGUCGUACAAGUCUGCACACCCUCUAGCUUUUAUAUUAAUGGAGAGAUGUUCACAUUGAAAAGAAUAACUACUGCUACUAAGAUUGGGACAUUUCACAUCCGAGUCUUUUUAUUUGGAAUGAUCACAUUUGUACUGUAUUAAAAUCUCUCAUGAGCAUUUAGUGUAUUGUGCAAAAAUGCUUUGUGCUGACUGGUUGGAAUGGACCAAUAUCACAGAUACAUUCAAACGUAUUUAAUUGUGCUUUAUUUUUCACAUCCCUUAACCGUUUGGUUGGGGAAAAAAAGGUAUAAGGUAAGGUACUAUUAAAAUAGUUAAAAGAUGCUUUUAAUAAAAUGUUCAUUGAUGAUGAAGGCUUAUGUGACUUUUGACAAUCUGUUCUCAUGGGAAUUUAGUAAGAUUUGUAAGAAAUGUAAUGCACUGUAAUUAAUACAAAACUAAUUACAAUAAAUAUUUAGGGGGGUUUAAUAUGCCCUUCGCCUAACCACACAACACUAACGCUUUGAAAUUAGGACCAAUAAUAGCACGUCGGCCAUAUCUGUGGCAUAUGUUGCGGCAAGAUUGUUUUUGGAGUGUGUUGCUUUGUACUGUACACAUGCAGGCAGUUUCAAUGCUCAUUUUGCUGGAAAUUAGUCAAGUUCAAACUAAAUAAAGUACUUAACUUUUGGUACGAUAUUCCAACUAAAUUCUCAUGACAACACGUUACACCCUCAGACAUCAAGGAUAAUCGCAAAAGAUUGGAGGAUAUGAGCAGACUUCAAAAUCAUUACCUCACAUGACUGCAAAAUACUGAACAUUUAUUGAAGGUGUGUUUAAUGAAGAGAGUCAAUUAACUAAUGUACAGUACAUAACAAUUGUCUUUAGUUUUCAUCUUUGUUGUAUUGAUGGUCCUUUUCCUCAAAUGUCCUUUCAAGUGUGAAUUUUCACUCUUCACCAUAAUAAAAUUAUAUUUAUUCUCUGUGUAACUGUCUUUAUU